AACGCUUCUAAAAGUCCCUUGUGACCACUCGAUAUCCUUCGCCGUUACAAAAUAAGAACCAGACAUGACAUCCUUCUUAUAACAAUUUCUGUAUACUUAUAUUCCGCCGCGAUGCUCUCACGCCUUCUCUCUCAAUUCCCUCUCCUCUCCUCCUUACUCAAUCUCACUCCCUUGGGCCACACAAACCAACUUCCCCUAACUCCAUCCAUCCACACUUCGCAAUGCCCCAACCCGCCACCGCUAUCAUGUCCAUUCCCUCCACCCCGCAGCAUCGACAGUUGCUGCCUCAACCAUCCCAGCGGACAUUUCCUCCAGACGCAAUUCUGGGACACAGCACCGGCCCUGGGUCCCAACACAUCCUGGACGAUCCACGGGCUCUGGCCCGACCUCUGCGCCGGCGGCUUCGACCAAUUCUGCGAUGACGCCCGCUCGCACGAGGACAUCCGCGCAGUCCUACAGUCCAUCAACCCGACCAUCACGCGCGACCUGCUGGCCUACAUGGACGCGUACUGGCUCUCGCUCGACGGGCGCGACAAUCACCUCUGGUCCCACGAGUGGAAUAAGCACGGCACAUGCAUCUCGACGCUCGACCCGGGUUGCUAUGCGGAUGAGAACCCCGACCUCGCUGUCCUCGACUACUUCGUCCACGCGACGUCGCUUUUCCAAACGCUGGAUACAUUCAGCGUGCUCGCGGAGGCGGGCAUCCUCCCGUCAGACCACGAGAGGUACUCGCUAAGCGAGCUGGAGGAAGCAGUAGAGUUUUCACCGCACGGCUACCCCGUGACAUUCCGUUGCCAUUCCGGCGAGCUUAAUGAGGUGUGGUACCAUUUCUCCGUCAAAGGUUCGUUGCGAAACAAUUACGACGACGGCACGCAUCAGGUCAGCUCGCCGUUUCUCAACGCUACCACCGUCAACCAGAUCUUCGUCCCGACAGAUCCGGACGGAGCCAAAUCAAACUGUCCUGCUCGUGGCAUCAGGUACCUGCCCAAGAGCAAGAGUCCUGGCGGAGGAAAGCCUCGGCCGUCGCCCACAAGGACAACAACAUCUGCGACGUCCACACCCACCUCACCUCCAUUCACUGGCAAGGGAAAUCUCGUAGUCCACGUCAUCGAUGAUGAUUUGUCGAACGAUGCUGAAAGAUCAGCUUCGACGCAAAAGGGCUGUUUGAUCCGUCUAGGCUACUGGUACUUGUCCGGUACCUGUGCGACGUUUAAGGCACAAGCAGACGUGGUUGACCCGGGCCACUCGCCGCUCUUCUCCUUAUCAUCAAGCUACUCGCCAUGCUUUAUCAAUCCAGGCACUGGCAGAUUCGAGUGUACAAAGGCUACUGCGGUUCAGAGCAUCUUCUCCUCGGAUUCUCAUGACCCAACUGUCCUGUCCUACCACAAUAGCACCAUUUUCUAUGCCGACCAUGUCCCACAGAGGUUCGACAAGGUUGAUAUAUACGCGGAUGACGGCGAUGGAACCAGGAACGUUCAAUUGGAAAUUAACUGGGUACCUUCAUAAAGUCUUGUACAUACUCUUUUAGCCAUGCAGCUUUGGUCCGAUUUCCCUGCAGU